AUGGAAGAUACACCUAACGAUAUCUUUGAAGGACUUCCUCCUUUUCCGAAAUAUCAAAAACCUUCAAACGAUAGCGUGGAUUACGUUACUUUGUAUGGUAUAGAUCGAUUAAUGAAAGGUCAAGCAAUGGAACCGAACCAAAUUUUACCGCACCUCUUUAUUUCAAAUAUUACAACAGCUGCUAGUCAAAUCUUGCUCGCUGAAAAUCAAAUCAACAAUCAGAGUGUCCUGGUUCAUUGCUAUAAAGGAAUAAGUAGAUCUGGUAGUUUAAUAAUCGCUUACCUGAUAUAUAAAGGAAGAAGUUUCGAUCAAGCAUUUAGUUAUGCAAGAUCAAUAAGACCACAAAUCCAACCAAACAGUAGUUUCAUGAAUCAACUCUAUGAAUUUGAGAGAAGAAUUCGUGAUUCGGAAGAUGUUGAAAUAAGAGAAAGUGGAAAACAAAUUAGGGAUGAAGUUAAUGAGGAAUUAAAGAGCAUUGCGCUUGAAUCGGCAAUCAAUUCGACGUUUAUCGAGCGCGUUCACACCUCAAAUGAAUUAAGCAUGACAACAAUGUCAAAUGGUUCUAUGUUCGAAUUAUGUGAGUUAAACUCAAUAAAUCAAACUGAUGAAUCGCAAAGUUUAUCUUCUGUAUUUAAAGUUGAAGAAUCUACCAUUGGUCAAAUCCGGCUACAUCAAAAAGAUGAUCAGAUUGAUUUACCAGUUAUGCUAUAUAAAUCUGUGCGAUUACAAUCAGAUUCAAAACAGAAUGCACUUGAAUCGGAAAUCAACUCAACUCCCAUAGAACCAAAUGAAUAUGUAUUCAGUUACAAUUCGUUUUCAAUAACACAAGUUGAUGAAUCAAAAAUCGCAAUUGAAGCUGAUGAGAUUAUUCCCACAAAGUAUCAAAGUCAAUUAAGUGAGAAAUCAAACCAGGCUAAUGAAUCAGAAAGUACAGACGAAAAUAGGAGAAAUGAAGAUGUAAAUCAACAAAAUGAUUCAACACGAGACUUAAAUCAAAAAACUGACAAUCAAGAAAUUGUUGGAACUAUAACUACUAACCUGAAUGAAAAACGGAAAAAGUGGAUCAAAAAAUUCGAUGGAAUUGGCUUAUUUCGAAAGUCGGAUCGUAUUUCAAAAGUUGACAAGAAAGAACGUCAAAAAAAUGCAUGCUUGGCUCGAAGUUUCUAA